AUGGAUAAUGUUCUGAUCAUCUUUUGCGUUAUUGGGUUCUUGGUCCUCGGAACAAAUGCGUUGAAGUUAACUCGCAUUGAUUAUGAUUUCAUUGUCCAAGAAUCAACAUACACCAGGCUUUGCAGCACAAAGAAGAUUUUAACUGUGAAUGGACAAUUUCCAGGUCCAACCAUCAAUGUUCAUAAAGGUGACACAAUAUUCAUCCGAGUACAAAACAAGGGCGAUCACAACAUUACAAUUCAUUGGCAUGGAGUGAAAAUGCCAAGGUAUCCAUGGUCAGAUGGGCCGGAAUACAUUACACAAUGCCCGAUACAACCUGGCAAGUCAUUUAUCCAAAAGGUGAUAUUUUCGAAUGAGGAAGGGACACUUUGGUGGCAUGCUCAUAGUGAUUGGUCACGAGCCACGGUCCAUGGGGCUAUUUUCAUAUAUCCAAAACCUCAAAUUGGGUACCCUUUCGACAAACCUUAUGAAGAGGUUCCGAUUAUUCUAGGACAAUGGUGGAAAUCGGAUAUAUUUCAAGUCUUACAAGAAUUUCUAGAAUCUGGUGGUGCCCCGAAUGCAUCGGAUGCCUACACUAUUAAUGGCCAACCUGGUGACCUUUACUCAUGUUCUAAACAAGGAACAUUCAAACUUCAAGUGCAAAAAGGAAAGACCUACUUGCUCCGAAUCAUCAACGCUGCACUAAAUGAAAUGCUAUUCUUCGCAAUAGCUGGCCACAAACUAACAAUUAUCGGGGCCGACGCAAGCUACACCAAACCACUAACCCUUCGUUUUCUCACCAUCAGCCCCGGCCAAACUAUGGACGUUCUACUACACACAAACAAAAAACCGGGAAAUUAUUACAUGGCAUCUCGACCCUAUAACACCCUCAACAGCACCGCCUUUGACAAUACCACAACCACCGCCAUCAUACAAUACACCGAAAACUCUAAUAGCACAUCCAUUGCGCCUCCGUCCUUACCAUAUUUACCACCUUUCAACGAUACAACGUCAGCCUACAAAUACUUCAAGAACCUCAAAAGCAUCGAUACUACACAAUACCCAGAUCACGUUCCCAUUAAAAUCUCAACCAGACUGUUCACGACACUGUCGAUUAACCUCCAACCAUGUCCGUUGAACUACAACGUUAGCAUGUGUCAAGGUCCGAAUGUGACCAGGCUUGCCACAAGCAUUAGCAAUAUAAGUUUUGUGUUGCCGCAUGUUGAUAUAUUGGAGGCAUACUAUCGUGGAAAAAAUGGUGUGUUUGGUCACAAUUUUCCAUCUGUCCCGCCGCUGUUUUACAAUUUCACUGGCAACGAUCUGCCCUUAUAUCUUGAGCCGGCGAAGAAAGGUAGGAAAGUGAGAUUUUUGGAGUAUAACGAGACUGUUGAGAUCAUUUGGCAGAACACUAAUAUUGUGGUAGGAUUGGAUCAUCCAAUGCAUCUUCAUGGUUAUAGUUUUUACGUGGUGGGAUUGGGUUUCGGAAAUUUUAAUCCUUCGACGGAUCCAAAGAAGUAUAAUCUAGUUGAUCCGCCAUUGUUGAAUACUGUUCCUGUUCCUAAAGGUGGAUGGGCUGUUAUUAGGUUCACUGCAUCAAAUCCCGGAGUUUGGUUUGUGCAUUGCCAUUUCGAGCGCCACCUUACAUGGGGGAUGAGAACGGUGUUAAUUGUAAAGAACGGUCCAGCUUGUGAGAAUGCCACCAUGUUGCCACCACCCAAAGAUAUGCCGCCAUGCUGA